AUGAGUACAGUCGACGAGCAGCGAGUGGCCGAGAAGAGGAAAAUCGACAAUGAGAACGACACUGCAAAUGGUGUGCCAGCCGCCAAAGGCGCCAAACUGGAGAAUGGAAUAGCAGCCGGCGAUAUGGCUUUGAAGGCUGAUGCAAAAGCUGACAAAGCAGCAACGCUGAAAGAGAAUAAGGCCAAAAAGGUAGUUGAUGACGGCGAGCAUGGGGAGGACGCUGAAGAAGCUGCGGACGGCGAGGAAGGCUUGGAAGAGUCCAGUGGCGGUGAGGAAGACGAAAGUCUAGGCGAUGAAGAAGAUGGAGGCAGUGAGGACGACGAGGCCAGUUUGGUGUCUGAUAACAGCGAGGGACAAGAUGAGGAUGGCGAAGCGGGUGAUUUUGGGGACGAGGACGAUGAGGUGGAGGGCGAGGAAGGUGGCGAGAGCGAGGAAUAA